AUUUCAUACUCUGAACACGCCGCAUCAUAACCUUCUACAAUUCACCACAUUUGGUGACCGCGGACGUUGAAACUUUGAAAAAAUAAAAUUUAAUUUUGUGAUUUCAUUUAAGCAAAAUUAAAAUAAUUAAUAAUCAUGGAUAUGUCUAAAAAUGACUAUCAAGAUCAAUCGUUAUCGAGUGAAGAUGAUGAAGAAUUAAUUAUUUUGGAAUCAUUAUUGAACUUGGUAAAACGAAUGAAUGCUUAUCUUUCAAAGAUGGAGGAGAAAUUGGAAAAUGACUCCGGUAAUGUUAUACAAAAUUUUGAUGAUGAAUUACCGAAAACAAUUCAAAAUAAAAAUAAUGUGAACGAAAAUUCGAAAAUCAAAGUACGACGUAAUCGUAAACAAAGAAAUUUGGUUAAUCGUUUACGAAAAUCAUCUCGUUCAUCGAAUUCUAAUAAAUAUAGACCGAGAUUUAAUCCUAAUAAUGGUCCUUGCCGCUUUUCUCGUUUUCGUUUAAGAGACAAAGCAUAUCAAUGUAAUAAUUGGCGACAUCGUAAAUUUGGUAUAAAGAAGAAGAAGAAGAAAAUUCAAAAAUCAAAUGUCGUAUCAUUUAAUCGAGUAUUAUCAAUCAAUUAUGGUAAAAAUUUUCGGCUUUCUAUCUUUAACAAAAGUUCGAAAAAAUGGAUCCUAAUCGAUACCGAAUCAUUUGUAUUCUUAUGGCCAAAAAUGUAUCAAAUUAUUAUUUCAAAACCGGUUAAGUACGAAGUAAAAAUGGUAAACGGUACGAUUAUUAAAAAUUAUGGAGAAACUAUUACCUGA